AUGGAAAGAAUAAGCUUUAGUUUUCUCCGUUUUACCAAAAUUUUUACGGUUUUAUUUUUUAUUUGGAUAAAAAGUUGUCACAAGGAUGAUAGAUCUCUCAGUAUUUCUUAUGAUAUUUCAUAUAAAUUAGGAAAUUCAUUUAAUAAUAGACCAAGUCGAUUAUUAUCGAAUUAUUACACUUAUGACGAAUUAAUGUGUGAUUACGUAAAUGAUUACAGAAUUCGUGAAAUGAUGAGAAAUAACCGAAAGAAUAAACAAAGGAAAAGAAAAGAAGACAUAUAUAAAAGCAAGCCUUAUGUUCAUGGAAAAAAAUUAAUGGAUGAAAUUAAUGAAACAUAUAAAAUUAAGAAAGGAAAAAAUUUUGUUAAAAAAUCAUACAAGAAGGGAAAAAAACUAAAAUUAUAUAUAAUGUUUGGAGUACCUCUAAUUGUAAGUGUGUUAUCUUCUUUUUAUUUUCCAUUAGCAUCUUCUAAUGGUAAUACAGGUUUAGUGUUUUUUAUGAUAGUAUUAUCCAUAAUAGCUACGUUCCUCCUUAUAUACUUUUUCAUAUUACUUUUAAAAUACCAUAAUUUGAAAAAGUGA